AUGACUGGCCCACAAAUCGGAGCCUGCAGCAUCUGCCGCGAUCUCGUCGAGGAGUCCCUCAUAGACAUCGGGAUCCUCAACUACACCAAGAAGGUACGCAAAAACGGCAGCGGCAAGACUGUCUUCACCAUCAACAUUGCCGGCGGGCCUGCCACCUGGCCCACGAACUCGCUGGCGGCCAUGUGCUGGCGCCAGCUGAGCUUGGACUUUCAUUAUCACCACCAGAAGCGCAAGGGAGACAUGAUUUGCUGCUCGAACUUUUAG